UAUUUUGACCAGUCUUGUGAAAUCAGUUCCUCGUUCCUCCCAAAAAGAGGAGACAAGUCCUUGGACCUAAUUUAUUCCUCUUCUUCUUCGUCUUCCCAACUUGUCUCAAUCUCUGAGCAAGCUUCGGACUGCUCGGAUCGGGACACGCUGCACGCAUCGCAAAAAUUUGCACAUAUUUUUGCACACCUCCGAUGGAACUCAGAAGAUAUCAUGCCGUGGUGAUCGUGGUGGUCGUGGCGACAACGCUGUGGAGUCCCGCGUUUGGAGCGACGAGUAGUGUUGCGUCGUGGUCGUGGAGGGAGUCGUCGUCGUCGUCCUCCUCGGGGGGAAAGGCUGUCCCCGCGAAACCCGAGUACCGACCAGUUGGUAUCAACCUGACGACGGCGAACAGCCAGCAAUUCUCGUAUGACAAUGAGAAACAGCAAUUCCAACCGACGGCCACUUUCGCCCAGCCGAUCACCACUACAACUUCUACGCUCAACUGUGGGACCUGUAGUCCAGGAUGGCGACGGGAAGUCAGCGUCAUGGCGGGAUAUUGCGGUCAGUGCGUGAAAUGCGGACCGGGCGAGUGUGCCAGUCAAGUCGGAGUGGUCGGAGCCUUGAUGACCGCGGAAACAUACGGUGGCUCUUAUCGGUGCCCAUACCCGACCCAAUGUCCCGUACAAUGUCCCAACCCACAAAUCUGCGUCCCACCCCAACCACCACCAACGCAACCCGGAGUCAUCACAGUUCCCGGAAACUGUCCCCCCUGCCAAUGCCCCCGUCCCGCCCCGAUCCAAUGUCCACCACCUCCCCCAAUCCGGUGCCCUCCUCCUCCCCCCGUUCAAUGUCCUCCUCCACCCGCACUGCGAUGCCCACCACCUCCCCCGAUCCAAUGCCCUGCACCACCACCCAUCCAAUGCCCCGCGCCUCCUCCCAUCGACUGCGCACAACAUCCCAUCAUCCAAUGUCCACCUCCGCCUCCAGUCCAAUGUCCCCCACCACCACCGAUACACUGCCCGGCACCACCUCCAUUCACCUGUCCGGCACCUCCCCCUCUCCAGUGCCCACCUCCACCACCGGUUCACUGUCCUGCUCCUCCUCCUCUUCACUGCCCCCCACCGCCUCCCCUGCAAUGCCCGCCACCUCCUCCGAUCCAUUGUCCGCCUCCUGUCCCGAUCAAAUUCCCGUCCCUGCCACCACUCCAGUGUCCCCCACCACCACCGCUGCAAUGUCCACCACCUCCCCCACUGCAAUGUCCUCCCCCACCCGCCAUCCAGUGCCCGGCACCACCUCCGAUUUACUGCCCGGCUCCACCCCCGCUCCAAUGCCCGGCUCCGCCUCCACUUCAAUGUCCUGCGCCACAACCGUGCGACCAAAUUCAAAUUCCUCCAACGUAUCCGACAUACGUUACACCGCCACGUCCCACGGUGGUAUGUCCGAUUGGGGUUUGUCCCACACCGCAGCAACCGUGUCCUUAUCCGGGACCGUUGUGUCCACCAACUAACGGUGUAGUGUGCGGUGGAGUUUGGCCGUGUCCCCCAGGUUACAGCAAUGGUGGUACGGUCGGUGGUUAUCAGACUGGUACGGUUGGAGGUUAUCAGAGUGGUACUGUGGGUUAUCAGAGGGACCAAGCCGACAAUACUAAUGGAACGAGUACGACGACGAAUAGCACUAGUGGUGAUGGAUCUAAACCAACCGCCGCGAUUGAGCCGGAAGGACGCGUCAUAGAAAUCCAGGAAGGUCACGGGGUCACUUUCACGUGUAAAAUUGGGGGCGAACCACCCCUCGAGUUCCACUGGGAAAAGAGGUCGAGUAACGGGACGGGUCGUCGACUAGAGACGGAUGCGAAGGGACGCUUAGUCAUUAAACCGGUCGGCAAAGGGGACGAGGCCGAGUAUAUUUGCAUCGUGUCGAAUCGUGUAGGAAGAACGAUGACCGCCACGAAACUUGUCGUCGUCGCGUCGCCAGAGAAAAAAGAAGACGACAAGAAAUCUGCUUAGAAGAAGGUGUCGAAAGUCGAAGUAAUCAUGAGCAUCACUGCCAAAUCAAACACCUCAACCUUAUCGUGUUCCUCUCCGGGUAGCCAAUUUUAGUGCAUGUUGUAUCUAAAUAUCAUAUUAUUUACAUAAAAUAAAGCUGAUGUAUGGCCGUCAUUUAAUAAAAUUUUUUGAAAAGUA